AUGCAAAACCCCCAGUCAGCGACUACGGUCUUUCUAGACCAGCCACCUAGCUGUCUGGAAUUUUGCCCAGAAGCUCCAAACUACUUCGUUGUAGGAACCUACCUUCUGUCAGAAACCAAAACCGACCAGGGAGAAAUCGAACAAGCCAAGACCGGCAGCCUGCAGUUAUGGCACCUGGACCCUAUCAGCAAAGCACUAACCCAAAUCCAAAGAAUUGCAGUCCCAUAUGCAGUCUUCGACUUGCACUUUCAUCCAACGCAAAAGAACCUAUUCGCUAUUGCCAGUAGCGUGGGCACAGUCUCUCUCUUCCAAGUAGACACCGCAGAUGCGUCCACUGAGCCCCCAACCAUCACCCAAUUAUGGACAAAGCAAGUCCACGAAGACCCAUCAAUCCCAGCUCUCUUCCUCGCAUGGGCACCGCAAAAUUGGUUCCCGCGUCAUCCAGCGGACGGCUUCGCAGUCACGUUCUCCGAUAGCCGAACCGCCGUCUUCGGGACACAAGGCGAUAUCCGCAAUGACAGCCUCGCUGAAUGGGGAACUUUUGAAGCGAAGCAGAUGAUAGAAGUCUGGUUUGUUGCACUGGCUUCAAUCGCGGGCCCUGAGAUCGCAGAAACCGAUGGACAAACCUCUAUUACUCCCUUCAUGUUCACUGGAAAUGAUUUCGGCUCGUUACAUACACGCCGGUUUGACGGCACUGCCGAACUGGACGAUCCAGAUGAUCAUAUUUCACCUAUGCUGCUUGAGCAUGAUGAUCGUGCUCGCCAUCACACUGCUGGUAUUACGGCCAUCUUGCCUCUGUCUGUCUCGUUGACUGAUGAUGCCCCUGUUCUCUUGACGGGAAGUUAUGAUGAGGGUCUUCGUGUGUACCACGCUACACGUAGAGGCGAAGUGCUCGCUGAGCAGGGCUUGGAUGGUGGGGUGUGGCGAUUGCAGUUGUUGGAUACCACGAAGGUUAUGAGUUCCGAGAAUCCCCUGGCUGUGGCGGAAACGAGCUUCUUGGUUCUGGCGAGUUGUAUGCAUGCUGGGACUAGGGUUGUUCGAGUUAGUUGCAAGCAGGAUGAAGGGUCUUCGGAAUGGGAUAUUGAGGUGCUGGCGAAGUUCACAGAGCAUGAAAGCAUGAAUUAUGCUAGCGGUGUUUGGAAGUGCCAGAACGCAGACCGCGAAAAGGAUCAGUCUUCCGAGCUGCUGGUUGUGUCAACUAGCUUCUAUGAUCGGAGGCUUUGCGUCUGGACCGCGAACGUAUAG